CUGGGAAUAAAUUAGAUUGAGGGUUUGUUUUUUUAAUUUUCCUGGUGGCGAUACGGAAAUCUCUGCGGAGGGGAACACUGGAAAUGAAGAGAGUCCUCUGCAUGCUUUUCGGCAUAUGGCUGGCUACUGUUGACAGGAGAGAUCUGGUGAGCGGAUAUUUUAUGACCCCGCCUGUCCUUGACAUCACUACUGAUGAACUUGUGAUCAACGUGACUGAUACAUUAACUAUCACCUGCAGGGGACAGUUGCCCUUGCAGUGGUCGUGGCCAGGAGGCAUUAUAGAAUCUGAUACAAAAGAAAAGGACUCAGAAGUGGAGCUUAGCAACAGUACUAGGAAUGUCAAUGUGGAAGACUGUGAAGCAACACCUAGCAAGCCAUACUGCAAACUCUUCAAGAUAACAGGAUCCGUGGCUAGUGAUUCCGGAUCUUACUGCUGCCAUUACAAAUUUAUCAGUGCUAAGGUUAAGGGAACCACUGCCGCAAGUGUUCAUGUGUUUGUACAAGAUUGGGAACAACCAUUCAUCAAUCCAACGGGAACCCUUUUAAUAAAUAAAAAUACCACAAGAGUCCCAUGUCAGGUGUCCAUUCCAGACCUAAAUGUCACUCUGCAAACGCACCCUUCAGUCAUUAUACCAGAUGGCAAGAAUGUCUUUUGGGACAACAAAGAAGGAAUGUUGGUCCCUGCCGACCUGAUAAGGGAUGCUUUUCUGGUUCAAUGCAUGACCAUCAUUGACAAGAAGGAAUUUAUGUCUAACUAUUUCCUCAUCCAUUUUACAGGCUAUCAUUUCUAUGACAUGUACCUGUCUCCUAAGGACACAGUAGAGCUACUAGUAGGAGACCAACUUGUACUGAACUGCACUGUGAUUGCUGAGUUUAACACUCCAGUUUACUUUACCUGGGAUUACCCUGGCAAAAAGAACAACCGUCCAGUGAUAGAGCAGUCUGAUCGUCGCCCCCAGAACAUCCACACAGAAAUGUACAGCACUCUUAUCCUGCCUGCAGUAACUGAAUCAGACCUCGGGAAGUAUGUGUGUCAUGCAAUAAGUGAGAAGUGGCAAUACCAGGAGAGCAACGAGGUCAUUGUGCACGAAAAUCCUUUUAUCUCUGUGGAGACAAAGGAGGACACAGUCAUGGAAGCCACAGCUGGGGACAAGUUGGCAAAACUGCCAGUGAAACUCACUGCCUAUCCAACUCCAACGUUUCAGUGGUUUAAAGAUGGGAAGCCGAUAACAUUUAGCAGCACUUAUGGAAAGUACGGUCAGUCUCUUCACUUCUUGCAGAUCAGGGAAGUGGUAGAACAGGAUGCUGGGAGAUAUACUUUGGUGCUGAAGAAUGAGCAGGCUGGAUUGAUGGAGCAGGUCACUUUACGACUGUUGGUGAAUGUUCCCCCACAGAUCCACGAGAAAGAGACGUCAUCUCCAAAUAUCUAUGCUCAAGGUAGCCGUCAUGUCUUGACCUGCACAGUAUUUGGGGUUCCUGCUCCAACAUCCAUUCAGUGGCAGUGGCGGCCAUGGACACCAUGCAGGGUGUACAGUCGACGCAGUAUAGCCCGUCAAAGGUCAUCUCGUAGACAUCAACGUGACCGAAUGCCUGAGUGCAAAGACUGGAAAGACGUGACUUUGGAUGGGGAUGUAAACAGCAUUGAAAGCAUAGAGACUUGGACCGAGUUUGUGGAGGGGCGGAAUAAGACUGUGAGCAAGCUGAUAAUACAAAAAGCAAAUCUAUCAAUUAUGUACAAAUGUUCAGCUUCUAACAAAGCUGGAAGAGAUGAGAGACUCGUCUACUUCUAUGUGACAACAAUCCCAGAUGGCUUCCGUAUUGAUCCCCAGCCUUCCCAGGAGCCAAUAGAAGGACAGAAUCUUAGUCUGAGCUGCCAUGCAGAUAAUUACACCUAUGAGAACCUGCAGUGGUAUCGCCUCAACUUACUCACUCUACAUGAUGCAGAAGGAAACCCACUUGUCCUGGAGUGUAAGAACGUGCACCAGUAUGCUGCCCGUAUGAAAGGGGAGAUGAGGCAACAGUCAGGAUCCAAUACUGCAGCCUUAGUACUCAAUAUCCCCAACAUAUCCCUGGAAGAUGAAGGUGAUUAUGUCUGUGAGGUCCAGAACCGCAAAACUCGGGAGAAGCACUGUCAGAAAAAAUAUAUCUCUGUGCUUGCACAGGAAGCUCCACACAUGCGGUUUGAUCUGACUGGCAGAAUGGUGAAUGUCAGCGACUCCAUGGUGAUGCACUGUGAGGCUGAUGGCACACCAAGUCCCAGCAUCCUCUGGUACAAAGACAGCAAGUUGGUAGAAGAGGUCUCAGGUAUAGUUUUGGGGGAGCAUAACACAACACUGAGCAUCCAGCGAGUCAGAGAAGAAGAUGCUGGCUUGUAUCUCUGCACAGCCUGUAACGGAAAGGGAUGUGUGAAUUCCUCAGCCAGCGUGUCUGUUGAAGGAUCUGAUGACAGAACUAAUGUUGAGAUAGUGAUUCUGAUUGGCACUGGAGUCAUUGCUGUCUUCUUCUGGAUCCUGCUUAUCCUUAUAUUCUGCAACAUCAAGAGGCCCAGCCACAGUGAGAUAAAGACAGGAUACCUGUCAAUUAUUAUGGAUCCUGGUGAGGUGCCUUUGGAGGAACAAUGUGAAUAUCUACCUUAUGACUCCAGCAAGUGGGAAUUUCCUCGGGAUAGGCUGAGACUCGGUAAAGUUCUAGGACAUGGCGCUUUUGGAAAAGUGGUUGAAGCAUCAGCUUUUGACAUCAGCAAAAGUAACAGCUGCGAGACAGUAGCAGUCAAGAUGCUGAAAGAGGGAGCCACUGCCAGUGAGCACAAAGCUUUGAUGUCAGAGUUGAAGAUUCUCAUCCACAUUGGAAACCACCUCAAUGUUGUGAAUUUAAUCGGAGCCUGCACAAAAUCCAACGGGCCACUGAUGGUCAUUGUAGAAUUUUGCAAGUACGGCAAUUUGUCCAACUAUCUAAGGACCAAGAGAGAUGGAUUUAUUCCUUAUCAAGAGAGAUCACCACGGACACGCAGUCAGGUCCGCUCAAUGGUGGAGGCUGUAAUAGCUGACAGGAUAAGUAGAGAAGGAGUCAAUGAAGGAGUCGUUUUUGGUAGGAUGCUGAUGACCAAAAAUCAGAGUCAAAGGAACCCAGAGUUGAAAGAUUUGUGGCAUUGUCCACUGACCAUGGAAGAUCUGAUUUGCUACAGUUUCCAAGUGGCCCGUGGUAUGGAAUUCUUGUCGUCCAGAAAGUGCAUCCACAGAGAUUUGGCUGCCAGGAACAUACUCUUAUCGGAGAAUAAUGUUGUAAAAAUCUGUGACUUUGGUCUGGCCAGAGAUAUUUAUAAAGAUCCUGAUUAUGUCAGGAAAGGAAGUGCACGUUUACCCCUGAAGUGGAUGGCACCAGAAAGUAUUUUCGAUAAGGUUUACACAACACAGAGUGAUGUCUGGUCCUUUGGAGUGCUGCUCUGGGAAAUCUUCUCGCUUGGUGCCUCCCCUUAUCCUGGUGUACAAAUCAAUGAAGAGUUCUGCCAAAGACUCAAGGAUGGAACGCGCAUGCGGGCACCAGAAUAUGCGACGACAGAUAUUUAUCGUAUCAUGUUGAGUUGCUGGGAUGGAGAUCCUAAGGAACGGCCAAUAUUUACUGACCUUGUGGGAAUCCUGGGGGACUUGCUGCAAGAGAAUGUCCAGCAGGAAGGAAAGGACUACAUCCCUCUCAAUGACUCACAGAGCUUGGAAGAAAUGGACUCAUCACAAGCUCCUAUCUGCCUACAGCACAAUUCUGAUGAGGAAGAGUGUGACAUGAGACUGCACUGCCAUAACCUGGCUGUAAGAUAUUACAACUGCGUUUCCUUUCCUGGCUGCUUCACUGGUGGCAACCAGAUUCGCUGCCCAUCAAGACUUAAAACAUUUGAAGAAUUUCCAAUGACACAUGUGGCACACAAAGGGCACCCGGACAAUCAGACUGACAGUGGGAUGGUACUGGCUUCAGAAGAACUGGAGAGGAUAGAGAACAGACACAGGACAGAAGGGGGAUUCAGCAGUAAAGGUUCCCGUAGAAAUAAAGAAAUAGCUUCAGGCUGUUCAUCCCCCGAGAACCGGAGUCACCCCUCAUAUCCAUCUUAUAGGGGAGGGCAAACAUUUUAUAACAGCGAAUAUGGAGAGCUGUCAGAACAGUCAGAAGGGGACAGCUUCACCCCCCCUGGAGGCUCUGCCAGUCCUGGGAUCCUCCACGCCUCCUUCUUCUCUGAUGAAAACUGAAUCUCCACAGAGGCCUUUUCCUCCUCAUCAUAUUCAGCAGUAAAACACUAAUUACACAUGGAAGGAAAACAAAUUGGAUGACUGUGCUGCAAAGGCCCAGCCACAGAUAUCUGGACACCAAGGAACAGAAACUGGAGAUUGAACUAUAACAAAACCUGAACUAUAGACAAAUGAUCACAAUUUAAAUAAG